AUGGGUCGUGGAGGCAAAAGAGGUCGUGGACGCGGCGGCGGUCGUGGUGGGGGUCGCUCUCGCGGCGGUGGCGGGGGGGAAGAUAACCGUGUCAGCUUUGAAAAGGUCCCGAAGAACAAUGAGCGUCUCGAGAAAUAUUACAACGAUGUUCUAGGCCUCUCAGAGGAUGAGAAGAGUGAUUUUUGGGACGCAUAUAAAAGGGAAUUACCAAAUAGCUUCCGAUUUGCAGGUUCUAAAGGACAUGCCCUGGCAGUGCAGCAACUCCUCAAAGAUAGAUACAUCCCACAGAUAUCGACGAUCUCGCAUUACGAUGGCACGCCGGUUGAACCCCCCAAGGCAGUUCUCUGGUACCCAGAUGAGCUUGCCUGGUGGAUGACCACCCCAAAAAAUGUUGUCCGUAAAUUCCCGCCAUUCGCUGCUUUCCAGAAAUUCCUCGUAUCCGAGACAAGCGUUGGAAAUAUCAGUAGGCAGGAAGUCGUAAGCAUGAUCCCGCCUCUAGUGAUGGAUCUGAAACCCGGCAUGACUGUGUUGGAUAUGUGCGCGGCACCUGGAAGCAAGGCUGCACAACUGCUCGAGAUGGUACAUAAAGGAGAGGAAGCCCGCGUCCAUGAAUCCCUGCGGAAGUAUGCCGAGGAGGAUGGUCGAGAGGUGAGCCCCGGGCCAGAUCUUAAGCUCGAAGAUGCCGAAGCGCUGGAGCUAGAUUCGAGUGAUUAUGGACGAGCCACUGGUCUUCUCAUAGCCAAUGACUCCGACUACAAGCGCGCACACAUGUUAAUCCAUCAGCUCAAACGACUGUCAUCACCCAACCUUAUUGUCACCAACCAUGAUGCUACCAUGUAUCCGUCUAUCAAGCUGCCACCUACCGCAGAUAAUCCAUCUCACAACCGAUACUUGAAAUUUGAUAGAAUCUUGGCGGAUGUGCCAUGCUCUGGAGAUGGUACACUGAGGAAGAACGUCAACUUGUGGAAGGACUGGCUACCUGGAAGUGCAAUUGGGCUUUAUAUUACGCAAGUUCGCAUCCUGGUCAGAGCUCUUCAGAUGCUCAAGGUCGGCGGUCGUGUGGUAUAUUCCACGUGUAGUAUGAAUCCUGUUGAGAAUGAAGCCGUGAUUACAUCUGCUAUUGAGAGAUGUGGCGGAGUGGCCAAGGUUCAAUUACUCCCAACCGACGACAAGCUACCUCUCCUGAAGCGACGUCCAGGUCUGAAAAAUUGGAAGGUCAUGGACAAAGCGGGAGACGUCUGGAACUCAUACGAGGAUGUCGAAGCAUCGCGUGAAUCAGAGGGCUCAACCACUGCCAUUGAGAAGCUUGUCCCAGGGAUGUUUUCGCCGUUGCCUGGCUCGCCUGAGUCCGAGGUUCCUUUGGAGAGAUGUAUGAGAGUAUAUGCGCAUCUCCAAGACACUGGUGGAUUUUUCAUUGCCAUCUUGGAGAAGCAGUCUGAAUUUAAAGCCAAACCCGAAUCAGAUUCGAAGAAGAUUGAACCGAAGCCACCAGUUUCUGCAAUUAUCGACGAAAUCGAGUCACGGCCUCCACCAGUUGACGGUGGCAGUGUUGCCCCUCGAAUUCAAGCAGCCGAUGCCCUUCCGUCUAGCUCGGUGAUUGACAAAAACGAAGUAAUCGAGGAAGCCUCUGCUGUCGCCCGCCAAAACCAAGAACUCCCUACCAUGGAUGCAACUAUCCCAGCGACGAAGCGAACUGCGGAUGAUAUCGCAGAGUCGGAGUUGGAAGGUUCCCGGUCGCCCAAAAAGAUGAAAACGGGGUUGGCCGACCCCACGGAUGAUCUCGUAGCAGAGGACCUCCCUGACCGUUUAGUUCACUACCCUCCGCCACCAGGCGCCGAAUUGGACAACGUAACGCGACCUGGUGAUUUGCGAGGCGCGCCAACACCUCAGGCCCGUCCAAACCGAAAUAGACCCGGCCAACAGUUUGAAGAACCCUUCAAGUAUAUUUCGGGAGAGCAUCCGGAAGUUAUCACUGUAGAGCAGUUUUAUAAACUAUCUCCUAGAUUUCCCCGGGAUCGAUUCAUGGUCCGCAACGCCCAAGGCGACCCUACGAAGACGAUUUACUAUACCUCAGCAUUGAUCCGUGAUAUUCUCACCGAAAACGAAGGGAAAGGCAUCAAAUUCAUCCACGGCGGUGUCAAAAUGUUCAUGAGACAAGACGUCCAAGGCGAGGGGGUCUGCAGGUGGCGUAUCCAAUCCGAAGGAAUGCCCAUCCUUGAAGGCUACGUCGGGGAAGAGCGAGUUGUCCGACUCCACAAGAAGGAGACACUCCGGAAGUUGCUUAUCGAGAUGUUCCCCAAGGUCGCUGACGGUGGCUGGAAGAACUUGGACGAGAUUGGAGAGCGUGUCAAUAACAUCGGGAUGGGAUGCUGCGUCCUACGAAUUGAGCCCACCGCCACGGAGGGUGGGUUUAACGAGCGGAUGGUGCUCCCAUUGUGGCGAAGCUUGCACUCGCUCAACCUGAUGUUGGCGAAGGAGGAUCGAACCGCAAUGUUGCUCAGGAUAUACAAUGACACCACUCCUCUAGUCAAUAAUUCUAAGUCAUUCCCAAAGGAGAAAGCAAAGGCAGAUGCAGAUGCGGAGGCGGCCAAUACUGCUAUUGAUGCAGCCACGGAAGCUAAGCCCGAAAAUGGUGUUAGCAAACUCGCAGCUGAGCAAGUGGAAGAAAUGAAUGUCGACAGCCCACUUACAACUGCAGUCAGCGGACCAGGGAACGAAGGAGCCGCGUACAACCCUGUCGACCCCGUCCCUUAUGAGGGUGUUGCUACUGCCCCAAACGGAUCGGAGAUGGAAACAUAG